AAAUUGUCUCGCAUAACCGUUAACUUGUUCGUGCAGACAGCCCUUGUUUCCAGUCACUCUAUCAGUGUCUGAGAAUAGGAGGGCGUAGCCAGCCAGACCAGGUGCAUCAAUAAAAGAAGCAGACAUGGUAGGGACUACAUUUUGAAAAGAAUCAACGUAUAGACUAGCCUACGUAAAGCCUAUGAAAAGACUGGUCGUAUUUUUACAUUACAAUCUGUCAAAAAAACGGCUGCCUCGCACUCCGCAGUAGACUGCACGUUCAAGCGAUCGCCUGGAGAAAGCCAUAUGUGCUUACGGGCAUAUUUUGUUCACUCAAACCACGCGUUUAAUGUCUGUUGUAAUGUAGCCUAGCCUAUCACUCAUGAAAUACGUACAUGAACUAUUGACUACAUUUUAGAAAACUCUUUAUAAAGGCGUAAGAGUAAUGUAUGUAACAUCGGUGAUAUCACAUUCGUGCGACUUUGGGAUUGGUUACAGAACUUCCUGGUAGUGAAGUCGUUGUGUUUGAAGGUGGAGAGAAGGGAGAAAGUCUUGCAAACAUUUGUUCCAUGACUCAACGUGGAGCUGUAUGACUUCUCAUUGGCAAUAUACACCGUCUGGCAAUUGGGAGUCUAAGGAAUUAUUUUUUACACAGCCAAUUCUCCGUACCCGACUCAAAUAGAAACUAAAAACUGCUGGCAGUUGGAUGUAUUUUCUGAUAAAGAGCGGUGGCCAAUUAGAUUACCAUAAAAGAACGAGUGUGAUGUGGGCUUGACUAGCACUAACUAGACGCUUAAAUCGACGCAAACGGUACAGUUCUCUAGAUUUAGAAGGUUAGUUACAAAACCGAGAAAUAUCCAGCGGCGACCAAGGAGAGACACUGAAGUGGAUAGACACCGGGGAUUAAAUCUGGAUCUCCGGCAUUCUAUAACGACUUGACUUCCGAAUGACUGCACUGUAGUGUCCUACAGACCUACGGACCUUUUGGACAAAGUAUUGUACGUCGGCAUAAAGUGAUAACAUACAGGCGGUGAGCACGGAGGGGGUGCGCGCGAUGAUGGAGAGUGCGCUGACAGCCAGGGACCGGGUGGGGGUGCAGGACUUCGUCCUCCUGGAGAACUACACUAGCGAGGCGGCCUUCAUCGAGAACCUACGCAAGAGGUUCAAGGAGAACCUCAUCUACACCUAUAUCGGGUCGGUUCUGGUGUCAGUGAACCCGUACAAGGAGCUGGAGAUCUACAGUAAGCAGCACAUGGAACGAUACAGGGGCGUCAACUUCUACGAGGUUUCUCCCCACAUAUACGCAGUAUCGGACAACUCGUACCGCUCCAUGAGGACGGAGAGGAAGGACCAGUGCAUCCUCAUCUCCGGGGAGAGCGGGGCGGGGAAGACCGAAGCCUCCAAAAAGAUCCUGCAGUACUACGCCUUCACCUGUCCUGCCAGCGAGCACGUGCAGACCGUCAAGGAUCGGCUGCUGCAGUCCAACCCCGUCCUGGAGGCUUUUGGUAACGCUAAAACUUUGCGCAAUGACAACUCCAGCCGAUUUGGCAAAUAUAUGGACAUUCAGUUUGACUUCAAGGGAGCCCCGGUUGGAGGCCACAUUCUGAACUACCUGCUGGAGAAGUCUCGUGUGGUGCACCAGAGCCACGGCGAGAGGAACUUCCACAUCUUCUACCAGCUGAUCGAGGGCGGGGAGGAGGACCUGCUGAGGAGGCUGGGCCUGGAGAGGAAUGCCCAGCAGUACCAGUACCUGGUGAAGGGGAACUGCCCCAAAGUGAGCUCCAUCAACGACCGCAGUGACUGGAAGGCGGUGCGGAAAGCCCUGACGGUCAUUGGCUUCACCGAGGACGAGGUGGAGGAGCUGUUGAAUAUCAUUGCCAGUGUCCUUCACCUGGGCAACAUUCAGUAUGGAGCAGAAGAGAGCGGGAACGCCUGCAUCACCACGGAGACGCAGGUUAAAUACCUGGCCAAGUUGGUCGGGGUGGAGGGGGCCGCACUUAAGGAGGCCCUCACACACAAGAAGAUCAUCGCCAAGGGUGAGGAGCUCAUGAGCCCACUGAACCUGGAACAGGCGGCCUCCGCUCGCGACGCCCUGUCCAAGGCCGUGUACGGCCGCACCUUCUCCUGGCUGGUCAACAAAAUUAACCACUCUCUGGCCUUCAAGGACGAAGUGAACCACACCGAUAAGAGCGCUACAGUCAUCGGCCUCCUGGAUAUCUAUGGUUUUGAGGUCUUCCAGCACAACAGUUUUGAGCAGUUCUGCAUCAAUUACUGCAACGAGAAACUGCAGCAGCUGUUUAUCGAGCUGACGCUGAAGUCUGAGCAGGAGGAGUACGAGUCGGAGGGCAUCACGUGGGAGCCGGUGCAGUACUUCAACAACAAGGUCAUCUGUGACCUGGUGGAGGAGAAGUUCAAAGGAAUCAUCUCUAUUCUGGACGAGGAGUGCCUCAGACCAGGGGAUGCCAGUGACCUCACCUUUCUGGAGAAGCUGGAGGACACAGUUGGGGGCCACGCCCAUUUUGUCACUCACAAGCUGGCAGACGGGAAGACCCGUAAGGUGCUGGGAAGGGAGGAGUUCCGGCUGCUGCACUACGCGGGAGAGGUCAACUACAACGUCAACGGAUUUCUGGACAAGAACAAUGACCUUCUCUUCCGGAACCUGAAGGAGGUCGUGUGUCAGUCAGAAAACAAGAUCCUGACCCAGUGCUUCGAGAGAGAAGAGCUGACAGACAAGAAACGCCCAGAGACGACAGCCACUCAGUUCAAGACCAGCCUGGCCAAGCUGAUGGAAAUCCUGAUGUCUAAGGAGCCAUCGUACAUCCGCUGCAUUAAGCCCAACGAUGCCAAACAGUCGGGCCGUUUUGACGAGGUGCUGAUCCGCCACCAGGUGAAGUACCUGGGCCUGAUGGAGAACCUGCGCGUCAGGCGGGCGGGUUUCGCCUACAGGAGGCGCUACGAGGCUUUCCUGCAGAGGUACAAGCCCCUCUGCCCUGAGACCUGGCCCAACUGGCAGGGGAAGCUGGCCGACGGCGUGUCCACACUGGUCAAGCACCUGGGGUACAAGCCAGAGGAGUACAAACUGGGCAGGUCAAAAAUAUUCAUCCGUUUUCCCAAGACUCUGUUUGCCACAGAGGACGCCUUGGAGGCGCAGAAGCACUCCAUAGCCACCACCCUGCAGAAGACCUGGAGGGGCUACAGUCAGAGGUCCAAGUACCGCAACAUGAGGCAUGCCGCCAUCCUGAUCCAGUCCUGGUGGAGGGGUGUGCUGGCACGCAGGAGGGCAAAGCGAAGGAGAGAAGCGGCCAACACCAUCCGCAGGUUCAUCAAAGGCUUCAUCUACCGCCACGAGCCGCGCUGCCCGGAGAACGAGUACUUUCUGGACUACGUGCGCUACUCCUUCCUCAUGAACCUGCGCAGGAACCUCCCCAAAUCCGUGCUGGACAAAAGCUGGCCCACGCCCCCUCCGGCGCUGGCAGAGGCAUCGGAGCACCUGCGCAGUCUGUGCAUGAGGAACAUGGUGUGGAGCUACUGCAAGAGGAUCCAGCCAGAGUGGAAGAGCCAGAUGGAACAAAAGGUGGUCGCCAGUGAGAUCUUCAAGGAUAAGAAGGAUAACUAUCCUCAGAGCGUUCCCAAGCUCUUUGUGAACACCAGGCUGAACUCUGAAGACAUCAACCCCAAGGUGCUUCAGGUUCUGGGCAAUGACAGGGUGAAGUAUUGUGUUGCAGUGACCAAGUAUGACAGGAAGGGUUACAAGGCGCGUCCCCGGCAGCUCCUGCUAACCGCCAACUUCGCUGUGAUCGUAGAGGAGGCCAAGCUGAAGCAACGCAUUGAAUACACCGCUCUGAAAGGUAUCUCUGUUAGCUCCCUGAGUGAUGGGCUCUUCGUCCUGCACGUGCCCUGUGAGGACAACAAGCAGAAGGGUGAUGUGGUUCUGCAGUGCGAUCACCUGAUUGAGGCCCUGACGAAACUGGCAAUCUGUGCCGAGAAAAUCAACAAUAUCAACAUAAACCAGGGGAGUAUAAAGUUCACCGUGGGCCAGGGGAAGGAAGGGAUCAUCGACUUCACAGCCGGCUCCGAGCUGCUGGUUGCCAAGGCGAAGAACGGACACCUGUCAGUGACUGCUCCCCGACUCAAUUCUAGAUGAUGAUGUGGGUCGACCAAUCCAGGCCUGCAAACUACAGAUGGUUCCUCCCCGCUCACUGGAGCGAUAACAGCAGAUCACCCAAUCCUCCUCACUCUUGCAGCUCCUCAGCCAAUCACAUCCCGGCUCUAGUCAUGCCAAAGGCCUGCACAAGUCAUAUUUUUGCUUAUGUUAAUAAUACAAUUAUUAUUCUGCUGUUAUAAUUCCACGCUUUAUAUUCACCAAAUAGACACAUGCAUAGACAAAAACCAAACGGGCACAUUUGUCCAGAACCUACUGAUAUAAGCCUGUCCAUUUGACAAUAGUGUACCAUUGAUAGGACAUGGAGGUAUGGGAGAUGGACCAGUUGAAUUCAUGGCCAGCUAUAUUCCAUGGCUUUCUUUACACCAGUCCGUUGUCCUCUGUCAUCUACUCUGCAGUGUGACUUCCUUUCCUGGUAAUUGGAACGUUCUAGAAAACUGCCACAAGUCUGGGGAUUUUUGUAGAAUGUGAAGCUUUAAUGACCGCCCCCCCACCCCUUACAUGCACACACACAUAUACAUAUAUACACACCAUAGCAAUGUUUUUAUGAUGCUAUUGCAAAUUUCUCAUUUUUAUUGUGCUGCAAGUUGAAGUCUACAUUGUCGUGCAGAGGUUUAGAGACAAAUCGAAUUGGUUGAGAGAUUGUGACUUUUUUUAUUUUGCAUUGCCCUUCCCCUUUCAAAUAAUGUGCCUUAGAUAAAGUGAUUCCAUUUGUUUAUUGUAUUUAGAUUUUGUUAAUAUCUAUAGAGACAUAUUUGUCUUAUCAGUGAGUAGAUAUGUUUUUGUGGAAGACAGAGAAAUCAACUCGUCUCAUCUCUUUCUCAGGUGUCUUGGAAAUGUGUAUACGGGCACAGGCAUAGAUACACACGCGCACACACACACACACACACACACACACACAGAGGAACACACAGACAACCUCUCUCUGCUCUAGUCUUCUAGUCAGAGGACUGAACACCAUCUAAAAUGGGGUCCCCUAGCCCUGGAGAGCCGCAGAGCGUGACAAGUUUCGUUGCUUCUCUGCCCGUAAUUGACCACUUAAAGCUGUCAAUUACACACCAACAGCAUGUGAACAACUCACCUCACCUGGUUUCCGAGUGAAAAUAGUUAUGAGGUGUGAACCAGAAGCAGCAGACUGCUCUGCUCUCCAGGACCAAAGUUGGCCGCACCCGAUCUACCGCAAAACAACCAUUCCUGAAGCUUCAGCCACAUCCCUCUUUUAAAGAAUCUGCAUCUAUGACUGUGGUGCGCGAGCAGCAGCCAUUUUGUUUCCACAUUAUUUUAAUGUUACCGUAUUUCUCAGGCAUGUUAAUUGUGCGCGUUCUGCCUAUAAGGAAUUUUUCACUGCUUCGUAACCUAGAAACGGAAAAGCAGGAAAGACAUGCGCUGACUAAAAUCCGCCACUGAAACCCGCUAUUGACGCAGACUGCAUAUAUGCAGAUAUGUUUCUAAUAUCCGUGUAAGAUAACCAAAAAAAAAAAAAAAAAAGAAUCGAUUUGCACUUUUUCUUCCAAAAGCCACAAUUCUUCCUGCAAUUAAAAUGAUUAUAAUUAAUUGUAUUUUUUUUAUAUUUCUAGUACUGUAGUUUUUUGUUUUUUAGUGGUUUGGUUUAAGAACAGUUAUGCCAUUAUGCGCACCUUUUCUCAGUGUCUGUUGGAUUAUCAGGAAGACAGCGGGGUAAGAGUAUCGUGUAGACUAGGGUCACUGGGACGGUAGAGCGUGUAAGAUGGAGAGGAUCGCUGUGGAAGCUGCCGCAGUCGUCUUGUGUCCUCUCCAGCGAUGUGCAGUGAUCACCGUGCAAACCGCAGCUUUAUUACAAUUUUAACAGCACAUCGACUUUUCCCCAUUCGGUUCCUCCAAAAUGUUUUUCUUUGUUACUCCUCGUGUAAUUUUUUAACUGUCCUUUUUUCGCCUUUAUUUUUUUGGCAAGGGGAGGGCAUGUAGGCAAGGCAGUCUACACCCUAACAGCCUUUAUAAAAGUGCCCCGCCUCCCUUCUCUGUCCUUCAGCUGUUUGAACUCACCCAGCUCAUCACAAACCAAAUUCUUUUACCAUGGUUCUCAAAAGCAGUUGACUCUUAACAUAGGACAUUUUACUUUGGCCUCUAUUAAUUUCUCCCCACAAGUUUUGAUUCUUAGUUUGGCCAUCAGUUCUCAUAAGCGGAGUGCACUUUACUCGUAUUUCUUCAUCAUUUGGCCUGGUCCAGCAGCCUUCCGUCCCACCAUUGCCCUAUGACCUAUGACCUGUUCCUCAGAGAAAAAGCCAUUGAAGAGUGUGACGCAUGGCCAGGAUAUGUCUUGCAGUGCAUCCUGCAUAACUACCAAAAGUAAGAAAAAAACUACAAGAGCUCAAAGCUGAUUCGCUUUUACUAUUAUUUAUUGUUAAGUAUAUUUACUCGUAUUCUGCAUUUAUUUGAUUGGAGACGGUUUGAAAAUAAUGAAAGUGGAGCCAACAGAAAAUGCCAAGUGUGUGCUGUUGCUAUAGUAGGCAUAUUGUCCCCCCUAGAUAUAAAGAUAUAAAAAUACAUGUAAAUGAAAUUUUUUUACUAAGUGAUGCAGAUUACUUCCUAAAACUACAUCUUGUUGACGAUGCCUUUUUUUUGCAGUUUUAUUAGUUAAAGGGAUAUCACAGUGCCAUCUGAUAGUUUGCUAAAAUUAAUACUUUGCUGAUAUCACUUGUUUUGGGAAUAGCUGGUUUGAUAGUCUGAUGGCUACAAAGUAAACAUACAUAAAUAAACAAAAUAUGAUUACAUGUAUGGAUAUAUGCAUACAGUGUAUAUGAAAUGUAGCAACCAGCAACAAAUUUCUCUGCUCAUUUUAAUGUUUUCUUUGAAGUCUUUAUUGUACCAAAUUGUAUGCUAAAUGAUUUUAAUAAUGAAAACACUUGGUAUCUGUUCAGUUGUUAUUGUAUACACUUUAUUGUAUCAGAUAAUCAGAUUAACACACUAAGAUUUAAACAAAUGGUAAUUUUCAAAAUAAAAAGUGAAACUUGAAA